AAUGACAGCACAGAAAACUUCGUCGUUGAAGUUCAGCACAACUUGUUUUGUUUAGCUAGUCGCCCUUUGAGAGGUUUAUCUCUACAAUGUGACAAUCUGUCGGCUUUUAAAUUCACCAGGAGCCAUUGUAGCGUUUGAGGGCAAUGGGAUUAUUUGAGUACACCGUCGGACAAGAAGAUUUGGCGACAGAGGCCACAGUGCGACAGGAUAAAUUGCUGUGUGUGGGUUUGAACAACCAGAGCUACAGCUGUGAAUCCGGCCACUGUUGUGGAAAAAGCCAGUGCUGCAGCUACUACUAUGAACUGUGGUUUCCAGGGUUCUGGUUGGUGUGGGCGCUGAUUGCCAUCCUGAUCUGCUGUUGUGUGUGUCAGCACUGGCGCUCCAAGCAGCGCUUCCAGCAGCAGCGCCGGCAGAACGAGAUUAACCUCAUCGCCUACAGGGAGGCUCACAACAACUCCCAGCUACCACUCUAUCUCAGGUUUUUACCCUCCUACCUGCUGCCAGCAUACGAAGAGGUCGAGGAGCGCCCAACCACGCCCCCUCCUCCUUACACGCCUGCCUCGUCCGCACCCUCGCCUGCAGAUGUGCUGGAUGAACCUUCUUGUCCCCAUUCGGCUAUCUCCAUCGGCGGCGAUGAUCUUUGCACGGCUUCAGCAGAUGUUCCGCUGCCCCCCUCGCCUAGAUCUGACGCCAACAAGGAUUCAGCGCUGGGCAGGAAGCGCCACUUCACCGGAGACUCUGGGAUCGAAGUGUUUGAUGGCCAGGAAGUCUGGGAUCAGCAUGGCUUGUUGGCAAGAGACGGGAUUGAAGAAGAUGGCGUGGUGCACAUGGAGGCAACAUCUCACCAACAUGAGACAACAUCGGUGGAAAUGGACCAUCAUCAUCGUCAUUAAUGGUGACAUCACCUCAUCGAUAAACACACGUGCACAUCGGAUGGCGACCAUGUGGUGGCGGUCUGGGCUUUUGGCCCAAGGGUCAGUGUUCCCAUCUCCAUUGCUAAGACCCUGCUUUGGUACACACGCCACUGCAAAGACAAGUCCACAAUCACUGGUCCAUCCUUGCAUCUUCUUCCACUUAUCCAGGGUCAGCAUCAUAAAUGGUCCAUACUUGGUAGAGCUCCUCCUGGGGCAUGGAGGUGUCCCUAGGCCUUGAGAAACCUUGAGUGGCCUGGGUUUUUCCCCGACUCCUUUUGCCUGGUGAGUAUGUCCUGAACAGAGCUCCACAGAGAGCUUCCCACCGUAUGUUUAAGGGAGAGCCCAGCCACCCUAAGGAAGAAGCUCCUCGCCAUGACGGACGAUGAUGAGACAGAGGAUGAGGGUCAAGAAUCUCUUGGCAACUGGACGGAAGGCGUUCUCAGUGUCUUGCUGCUGACAACUCACCCCCCCCUAAGCCCCGAGGACCCGUUUGUCUUGGGUAUAACAGCCCCCCUGACAGCUCCUAGGAUGGGGGCCACCAAACCCCCUCGGCGUGAUCAAGUGGUAGCUCAUUGAGGAGUGGUAGAUGGAGAAGUUUCUCCCAAGACAAAGGUGGAAAAGGAAUUACUGCUGGGGAUAAAUGACCACUUUAUACUGUCUUUUCCUUCUACACCGUUUUUUUGUCUUCACCUCAGGGCCGCUUUCCAUGUUGGUAUUGACGAGUGUAUUACUCAUAAAGUCCACAUCCAGUGUUGUACAAAGAAUAUUAGCUGUGGCCCUCACCUGAACAUAGAGGAACGUCUUUCAAUCAUCUAACAGCUCAGCAGAUAUUGGAUUUAUUUUCUUAAUAAACACGUUGACAACA